AUGUCGCUGUGUCGCUGGAAACCAUCGUGGCUGUGUAUUGCUCCAGAUAGACCCUUCGCCAAAGCCCUUGUUUUGUCUAUAAAUACCGGCAGUGUUCCUCCAUUUUCCACCUCUCCUCACUGUACCUCGCCUUCUUUGUCCUUUCUCUCCUUCUUCAUUCCACUCAUCAUUCAUAACUACCACUACAACCUCUUCACCAAUCUCCAUCACUUCUACCGAGUCGUUUUCCGAGCCCUUCUUUUUACUGUUGUCAUCGAGAAAGUGUUGUAUCCUUCAUUCAACCAAGUCGCCACCAAUUGCCAAGACUUCCAAGUCCUUCAGAGUUCAAUCGCGAUCAGUUCCUCCUUUCCUAGUCCCUCGCCAAACAAUCCUUCCGCAUCCAGUAUUCAAGCCUCCCAGUCUUCAGACCUCAUUGGCGAUUAG